CGAUGAAGACGGACGUCGACGACCUCUUCCUCCUUUUCUGUUUCUUCCUUCUACUACUUCUAUUUUCUCUUGAAAAAAUUUUUUUUUGUUAUUUCCACCGUUCUUUCCACCAUCCUUCUUUUUAUAUUUUUUUUAUCUCCUCCCAUUUUUUUGUUUGGGGGUUGGGAGGUUUUUUUUUCAAUGAAACAAGAAGAGCUGCUUUUACUCUAGAGCUGCUGCUAGCCAUUUUUUAUUUUAUUUUUUUGUUUUAUUUUUUUCCUUUUUUUAAAAAAACUGGAUAG